ACAAAGGUUGGGUGUAUAAAUAUGAAGCAUGCGUCUCUCUUUCUUUGUAUAUUUUAAACACACACACAAACACACACAUUUAGUGGUGAGGUGUAGUACACUAAUGGCUCAAACGACGCCGAAUCACAAACUUACCGUCUCCGGUUGGGCUGCCCGUGACAAGUCCGGCGUCAUCACUCCCUACUCCUUCAAAAGAAGAGUGAACGGGCCGGAUGAUGUUUCGAUCAAGAUCUUAUAUUGUGGAAUUUGUCACACUGAUAUUCACCAUGUCAAGGACGAGUGGGGCAUCACUAUGUACCCCGUUGUUCCAGGCCACGAGAUAACCGGAGUGAUAACUGAAGUCGGGAGCAAUGUGAAAGGGUUCAAGCCCGGGGAUCGAGUUGGAGUAGGAUGUCUGGCAGCAACGUGUUUGGAUUGUGAGUUCUGCAAAAGCUCCCAGGAAAAUUACUGUGACAAAGUCCAAUUUACCUACAACGGCAUCUUUUGGGAUGGCAGCAUCACCUACGGUGGUUACUCGGAAAUGUUGGUUGCCGACCAUAGGUAUGUCGCACAUGUACCGGAGAACUUGCCUAUGGAUGCAACGGCACCAUUGCUAUGCGCAGGAAUCACAGUGUACACACCGAUGAUUGACAGCAAAUUACAUGAGUCGACUGGAAAGCGAAUCGGGAUUGUUGGGCUAGGAGGGCUUGGUCAUGUGGCUAUCAAAUUCGGUAAGGCAUUUGGCCACCAUGUAACCGUCAUUAGCACCUCCCCUUCCAAAGAGAAAGAGGCCCGAGAACGCUUGGGUGCCGACGAUUUCAUCAUUAGCAAAGACCCUAAACAAAUGCAGUCAAAGACGAGAACACUUGACUUCAUACUGGAUACAGUGGCUGCACCACACUCGCUUGGGCCAUUAUUGGAGCUACUUAAAGUGAAUGGAGAAUUGUCGCUUGUGGGUGCACCCGAUAAGCCACUAGAGUUGCCUUGUUUCCCUUUGAUCUUUGGGAAAAGGGUGGUGAGAGGUAGCAUUAUCGGAGGAAUGAAAGAGACACAAGAAAUGUUGAAUUUUUGUGGGAAGCACAACAUCACAUGUGAUAUCGAAACGGUUACACCAGACAAAAUUAACGAAGCCUUAACCCGAUUGGCGAACAAUGAUGUCAAGUAUCGUUUUGUUAUCAACAUCGGUGACAAGAAGCCAAGCCUUUAGUUCAAUGUCUCAGAUAUAGUGUCUCGUUUCCGUUUUGUGUCUACUAGAGAGGAUACACUAUGUUUGAAUGUCAAAAUCAUUUUGUUUUCUACAUGAAUAAUGUGAACAAUAUAUUCUGCUAGCUUAUUGCUUAUAAAAGGGUUUCUAUAUGCCAGUUGUGGGUCUGGAUCCA